AUGUCCUCACUGUACUCUCAGCCCGAAACGCUGAGUGCAUUGAGCUCGGCCACAAACGAGUCCUCGUCAGUGAACACGCCCUACGACGAGGAAGGGCCGCAUGGAAAUGGACCCAAGUCUAGGUCACGACUAGCGUCGAACGUAGCCGGUGGCGUUCACGUCCGCUCUCCGUCCAGCGCAACCUCGUCUCGCUCCGGGGUGCGCGCAUACCGCGACAGCGGCAGCCCAGGAGAAGGCCUAGGAUCCUACUUCCCUCGCCCCCCAAGCGAGGCCUCCAGCCCCGGAACGAGCCAGCUGUCCCGUCGCGGGACGACGAAGGCGCUCAUAGGCCGCUUCGAGGCGCUCGACGACGCCGCGAGCUCGAGCCCCUCGCUCGGCUACGGCCUCGCGGCGGCGGACAGGCGGGGGGCGACCGCUGCGCGCAGGAGCCCCCAGGGGGAGAAGAAGGACAAGGGCCGGCUCCCGAUCCGCGAGUCGUUCCGCAACCUGCUCUCGGUGUUCAAGAGGCACAAGCCGACGCUCAAGGACCUACCCCCGAACCCGCCGAACGCGCGCAUUUUUGAUCCGAGUCCGAGCCCUAAGUGGGCAGCGGAGGACGAGGCGCAGGCGCGUCGGCAGCAGAAGCCUGGCGCGCUGACUUUGCAGAUCCCGCCGGCGGCGCGAGGGGGAACGGACGAGAAGGUGGUGUGCAUCUCGCCGGUCGAAGGGCACACGGGCAAGGCGGGCCCGCUCCUGUACCUCUCGCGCAUCCCCGACUCGGACCUCCCGCCGGUAUGGAUGAACUGCACCGCGCAGCUGCACUCGACGCACAUCCUGGUGAUGUGGGACACCCCGCAGGGGAACCCGUCGCCGAGGCUCGUGCCGUUCACCGCGUGCACGGACGUGCGCUCGCUGGCCCCUGUGGACCUGGAACCUGAGGAGCGGGGGCUGCUGCCUGCGGACGAGGCGUGGAAGGUGUUCGAGCUCCUGUUCGAGGGCCGCGCGAGGGAGAAGUUCGCUGCGCACUCGCUAACGGAGAGGGCGAUGUGGGUCAGCGCGGUAUGGUACUUGGUCGACCUUCCACUAGCACCACCUGCUGGUUCUACGACGUCCGGAGUCGACAGUGUAGCGGCGCCCCCGGGCUCAGAAAUUCUAGCCAAGCCACUGCUACAGGAUAUCAAGCGCGGCAUCGAGGUCCUGCAAGGGCGAUCAGCGGCGGACGGAACAAACAUCGCGAGUAUACGCGCGAACGUCGACGAGGCUCUUGAGGAGCUUCGCCGUCUACCCAAGUCUCUGACAGCAACAAAGUCGAAAGAUGCCACGGCGGUCAUGGCGAAGUUGGAACUGGUCCAAGUCGAGCUGAAGGACCAUCUCUCAGCACUUCAUACGGCUCUCGAGGCGAUCAGGGACUCACAGAAGCAGGGGGAGGGGAUCAAGGGCGAUCAAGAUCUUUCGAGGCUCGUCGAGCUGCAGGAGAAACUGGAUAAAGUGCUUCAGCUUCAACAGACACACCACAACCCAGAAAACGGACAGACAGUGGUCCCGGACGCCGACAAUGCUACUGGAGCGACACAGCUGGGAGACGUCUGGCUCGAGGCGUUCGUCAAGCACGGCACGUCGCAGAUAGAAGGAGUAGCUGCCGGCGUCCAACAGCUCUGCCGAGAGCUAGGUCCAGACGCUGCCAACCUAUGUACUUCGGUAAACGGCCUGCUUGCCGCCGUACAGGAGGAUCUGAAGCACAAUGCCGAGGCACGCGAUAUGCUCACGACUGAAUCCGUCAUUGGGAUGAUCGAUCGUCAGCGCCAGGACCAAGAGAGGAUGCUGAAGGCACUGGCCACAGGUGCGGAUAUCCUUAAUGGUCGCCUGCCCGACGACUAA